AUGGUGGUACAAUCUGUUUAUUUUUUAUGCUUCCUGUUGAUUUGCGAACAUGCAGGGAGUACCAGUUCUAAUACCUGGUUUUUGCCUCCGGAAAUCUCUGCAACCUGUGCUUCCUAUUUUCUUCCAGGGGGUCUUAUAAGUGGAUCUUCUAAAUUAAGAGAGCAAGCAGCUUUGGGCCUUGGAGAGUUAAUUGAAGUGACAAGUGAUCAAGCAUUAAAGGAGUUUGUCAUUCCAAUCACAGGGUCGUUCAUUCGUAUAAUAGGGGACAGAUUCCCAUGGAAAGUUAAAAGUUCAAUUCUCUCAACUUUGAGCAUCAUAAUAUGGAAGGGUGGGUUGGCCCUAAAGCCUUUUCUUCCCCAGCUUCAAACAACAUUUGUUAAGUGUUUGCAGGAUAUUACAAGGACUGUUCAAUCAAGUGCUGCUGUUGCCCUUGGUAAACUAAGUGCACUCACAACUAGGAUUGAUCCUUUGGUUAGUGAUCUUUUAUCUGCUUUACAGAAGCUGCAAAGGCAGAGGAAGCUAAAGAUGAGGUUGAGAUGGAUGGAUUUCAAAGUGAUGAUGAUGACGAUGAGUCUGAUAGCGAAAUGGCAGAUGAUGAUGAGGGGUUGAGAUGAAGCUAUGAUCCGAGGAUAAGCUGAAAGAUUUAUGUUCGAGAACGAGCAGCCCCAUUUAUUUCAAUGGCAGAAAUGAUGAGGAAGUUUGAAUCUAGUAGAUGUCAAUGCCACGCAUGAAUUGUUCCAUGUUACAUGUAAAUACAAAUAACUUGCUUAAAAAUGACAAGGCCAAAGGAUCCUGAACUUGAAGCAGCUCAACGUUACUGUCGUAUAAAGCUUAUGAGCUCAGCUCAGCUCAUAAUCUACUACUCUAACUCUAUUUUUCUUUUCCUUUUCGUUCUAAUAUUUAUCAAUUUCUUUCUUUUUAUUCUAUCCCCCCAUCUUAAUUUUCUU